AUGUAUCGCGUGCGUAGAGAAGGCCCCGAGGUCCUGCAGCUGGAGGCGGAGGCACGCUGUGCCGGGGUGUUCGACUUGGCCUGGCACCCCUCUUCCUCCUCCACACCGCUCCUCGCCAUGGCGCUGAGCGACGGCACUCUGCGCCUGACCGGGCAGGACCUCGUCACCAUCGCGUCCAGCACACCCCAGCCGGACUCCGAUGCGCUGGCAUGCUGCGUGGACUGGCGGCGUGACAGCCAGCCCCCUGACACAGCGAGGCUGCUGGCCUCCUACUCCGACGGCGACGCUGCACGGCUCCAGGCGACACCGGCCGGGCUGACGACGUUGGAGCGCUGGAGCGCGCACUCCCUGGAGGCCUGGGCGGUGGCCGCCGAUCCGUGGCAGCCAGCGCUGUGCUUCACGGGCGGCGACGACUGCGCGCUCCGUGCCUGGGACGAAAGAGCCCCCGCCAGCCCGGCCUGGGCCGACCGGCGAGAGCACGGGGCGGGGGUCUGCUGCAUCCUGCCCAGCACCCACACGGAGCACCUGGUGGCCACCGGAAGCUACGAUGAAGCUGCCCGCGCCUGGGACCUGCGCUGGCCGGGCCGGCCCUUGCUUCUGAGCAAGGCGAGGGGCCAUCUCCUCCUGGCGGCAUGCAUGCAGCAUGGCUUCCAGGUCCUGCGACUCAGACCCGGCAGCGGCGAGUGGGCGGUGGAGGAGCGGUAUGCGCACCAACAGACGCUGGCCUAUGGCGCCGACUGGCAGCGGCGAGGCGGCGACCAGGCGGGGCCAUUCGCGGUGGCGACGGCCAGCUUCUACGACAAUGCCCUGCACGUGUGGCAGCCUGCGACCCAGGCAUAG